UUUGUAUUGGGAGAUAUUAUAUAGUAUGGAAAUAACAGAGAACACUUGUGAAGUUGGUGUGGAUCAUGAGAGAAGUAUAUGUAGGGGAAUGCACUUGGUUUGGGAAGAUCUCACAGUUGUAGUUCCAAACUUUGGAAAUGGACACACCAGGAGAUUGCUUGAUGGGCUCAGUGGCCAUGCUGAGCCUGGCAGGAUCAUGGCUAUUAUGGGCCCAUCUGGCUCUGGCAAAUCCACCCUUCUUGAUUCUCUAGCAGGUAGGCUCUCUGGAAACGUUAUCAUGACUGGAAAUGUUCUUCUUAAUGGAAAGAAGAGGAGACUAGACUAUGGUGUUCUUGCUUAUGUGACCCAAGGGGAUAUUUUGUUGGGAACUCUAACAGUUAGAGAAACCUUAACUUACUCAGCAAAUCUGAGGCUUCCAACUUCUAUGACCAUAGAAGAAGUUAAUGGCAUUGUAGGGGGAAUAAUUAUAGAAAUGGGACUUCAAGAAUGUGCAGACCAGCUGAUUGGAAACUGGCAUUUAAGAGGUAUAAGUGGAGGGGAGAAAAAGAGAUUAAGCAUUGCACUUGAAAUCCUCACAAGGCCUUGCCUCUUGUUUCUUGAUGAACCUACUAGUGGCCUUGACAGUGCCUCAGCUUUCUUUGUUGUUCAAACUCUUAGAAAUAUUGCUCAUGAUGGAAGAACAGUCAUUGCUUCUAUCCAUCAGCCAAGUAGUGAGGUUUUUGCACUCUUUGAUGAUCUUUUUCUACUUUCUGGUGGUCAAACAGUAUAUUUUGGAGCAGCAAAGUUAGCCAUUGAGUUCUUUGCCAAUGCCGGAUUUCCAUGUCCAAGUCGAAGAAAUCCCUCCGAUCACUUCCUCCGUUGUAUAAAUUCAGACUUUGAUGUAGUGACAAUGUCUUUGUUGGAACAUCACAGAAUACGUGAAAUCCAAAAAUCAUCAUAUCCAAUGAUGAACUUAGCAGCAAUGGAGAUCAAAGCAAAGCUUAUUGAGAAAUACAGGUGCUCAGAGUAUGCGACAAGCGCAAGAAUAAGAAUUCGAGAAAUCUCAACUGUUGAAGGACUUGCAAUUGAGAGAACAGGUGGGAGCCAAGCCAAAUGGUGGAAGCAGCUCUCAACGUUGACACUUAGAUCUUUUGUGAACAUGUCUAGAGAUGUAGGGUAUUACUGGCUAAGGAUCAUAGUCUAUAUAACCUUAUCUCUAUGCGUUGGUAGCAUCUUUUAUGAUGUUGGAACAAGUUAUACCGCAAUCUUGGCUCGUGGAGCUUGUGGUGGAUUUGUAGCAGGCUUUAUGACAUUCAUGUCCAUUGGAGGCUUCCCAUCCUUCCUAGAAGAAAUGAAGGUUUUCUAUAGAGAAAGGCUCAGUGGACAUUAUGGGAUUUCUGUGUAUAUUCUGUCCAAUUUCCUCUCUUCUUUCCCAUUUGUGGCUGUGAUGUCAAUUGCUACCGGAACCAUAACUUACUACAUGGUGAAAUUCAGGCCUGAAUUUUCUCAUUUAGUGUAUAUCUGCCUAGAUCUUAUUGGCGCUAUUGCAGUCGUAGAGAGUUCAAUGAUGAUUAUUGCUUCACUUGUUCCUAACUUCUUGAUGGGGGUCAUAAUUGGAGCAGGAUAUAUAGGAAUUAUGAUGAUGACUGCUGGGUACUUCAGGCUCCUACCAGAUCUUCCCAAGCCUUUCUGGCGGUACCCAAUUUCAUACAUCAAUUAUGGUGCAUGGGCAAUACAGGGAGCAUACAAGAACGAUAUGAUUGGCCUUGAGUUUGAUUCUUUUGUACCUGGCGGCCCAAAACUAAAAGGUGAGGUUAUACUCACUAGCAUGCUUGGUGUUCAACUGGAUCAUUCGAAGUGGUGGGACUUGGGUGCUGUGGUAGUCAUUCUCAUAUCUUGCAGACUUCUCUUCUUUGCCAUCCUCAAGUUCAAGGAGAGAGCUUCACCCUGUUUUCGAACACUUUACACCAAACAAACUCUACACCAUCUCAAAAAGAGGCCUUCAUUUAGGAAAACACCACCUUUCCCUUCCAAGAGACACCAACCUCUCCACUCAUUGUCUUCGCAAGAGGGUCUCAACUCCCCAAUGCAUUAGAAGCAAAAACUGAAACUGUCCUAGAUAUGAACUUUUUCAACAACAGUUCUGCCCAAGUCACUAAGAUGGUGAAAUGGGGCAGAGUGCACAUUGGAGCCCUUGAUAGAAGAAGUUUAGCAUGUAGAGUACAGUGUUUUUGAAGAAAUGUACACCAUGCAGAUUAAUGAA